CUCUCCACUUCUCUCGGAGCCAUGUGGAUGUCAGAGAUCGCAGCCAACUAUAUUAAAAAAAUAUAUUAUACACUCUUAACUGCACCCAAAAAUGCAAACAGGUCUGGAAGAUGAGCGUAAAAGCCAGAAAGCAAAGAAAAAAUCAAAAAACCCCACCAAUUACUAAACACUCCUUCCCUCUCUCGUACACGCAAACUGGAAAUCAAAAACUUUCUUGGCUUUUCGUAUUUGUUCUUCUUCUCUGUAGUUGUUCAACUGCUGUCUUUGUGAGCCUUUAUUAAAUUCGUUUAUUGCCUUUCUUUAAUACUUUAUUUAUAGAUUGUGCGUGUUUUACUGAAGUUGGUUGCUGGGGAAGGUCUUUUUAGUAAUGGUUCAUCUCUGAUUCUCUUCAAUUUGGGGGUACUAUGAAGCAUUUGGGGUUUUGAGCAGGCCCAUCAUGGAUCCGGAAAGUGGGUUUUAUCAGAAUCAUGUCAAGGUGAGGCGGAAAGAAUCUUGGAGGACAGUGUUGACCUUGGCCUAUCAGAGCUUGGGUGUUGUAUACGGAGAUUUGAGUACUUCCCCAUUGUAUGUGUAUAAAAGCACUUUUGCCGAAGAUAUUCAACACUCAAAGACCAAUGAAGAGAUUUAUGGGGUUCUCUCUUUCGUCUUCUGGACACUAACUUUAGUCCCUCUUCUCAAGUAUGUGUUCAUUGUGCUCAAAGCUGAUGAUAAUGGCGAAGGAGGCACAUUUGCUCUGUAUUCUCUGCUAUGCCGACACGCCCGAGUCAACUCAUUGCCUAAUUGCCAGUUAGCAGAUGAAGAGUUGUCAACUUAUAAGAAGGAUAUCACUGCUCCUGCUUCAACAACUUUUGGGGCAAGGUUGAAGUCUACACUAGAGACGCAUAGAGUUUUGCAGAAGUGUUUGCUUGUAUUGGCUUUGAUAGGGACUUCUAUGGUAAUCGGAGACGGAGUUCUUACUCCGGCGAUAUCUGUUUUCUCUGCGGUGUCGGGAGUGGAGCUUGCUAUGUCUAAAGAGCAUCACAAGUAUGUAGAAGUUCCAGUUGCAUGUAUCAUACUGAUAGGCUUGUUUGCGCUACAACAUUAUGGCACCCACAGGGUUGGAUUCUUGUUUGCACCUGUGGUCAUCUCGUGGCUGUUGUGUAUCAGUGCCAUUGGUGCUUAUAACAUCUUUCAUUGGAACCCUCAUGUUUAUCAAGCGCUCUCUCCAUAUUACAUGUACAAGUUUUUGAAGAAAACCCAAAGAGGUGGUUGGAUGUCCUUAGGUGGGAUUCUAUUGUGUAUAACAGGCUCAGAAGCUAUGUUUGCAGAUCUAGGCCACUUUUCACAGUUGUCAAUCAAGAUUGCUUUCACAUCUGUGGUCUAUCCAUCCUUGAUUCUUGCAUAUAUGGGGCAAGCCGCAUAUCUAUCUUGCCACCAUGAGAUGGAAAACGACUAUCGAAUUGGAUUUUAUGUUUCUGUCCCUGAGAAAUUAAGAUGGCCAGUCCUGGUAAUCGCCAUACUUGCUGCAGUUGUGGGAAGCCAAGCCAUCAUCACUGGAACUUUCUCAAUCAUCAAACAAUGCUCUGCAUUGGGCUGCUUCCCUAGAGUCAAAAUAGUUCAUACCUCAUCCAAAGUACAUGGCCAGAUUUACAUCCCAGAGAUCAACUGGCUCUUAAUGUUAUUAUGCUUGGCCAUUACUAUUGGUUUCAGAGACACAAAACGCAUGGGUAAUGCAUCAGGUUUAGCCGUCAUAACGGUCAUGUUGGUCACGACCUGCUUGAUGUCCCUAGUUAUUGUUUUAUGCUGGCAUCAGAGUGUCUUUCUUGCAAUUUGCUUUGUGUUCUUCUUUGGAACAAUUGAAGCUCUCUACUUUUCUGCUUCUCUCAUCAAGUUUCUUGAAGGAGCAUGGGUUCCAAUCGUGCUUGCACUCAUAUUCAUGAUAGUCAUGUAUGUGUGGCAUUACGGCACAUUGAAGAAAUACGAGUUUGAUGUCCAAAACAAGGUAUCUGUCGACUGGCUGCUCACCUUGGGUCCCAGCCUGGGCAUUGUACGGGUUCGCGGCAUUGGCCUCAUACACACCGAGCUUGUCUCUGGGAUCCCCGUGAUUUUCACUCACUUUGUCACCAACCUUCCAGCGUUCCACCAGGUCCUAGUUUUUCUCUGCAUUAAAUCUGUCCCAGUCCCUCACGUUAAACAUGAAGAACGGUUCCUUGUGGGCCACAUUGGCCCAAGAGAAUAUCGGCUUUACAGGUGCAUCGUGCGAUAUGGUUAUCGCGAUGUUCAGAAGGACGACCAGGAGUUUGAGAACGAUCUCAUAUGCAGCAUAGCCGAGUUUAUACGAACAGGAAAAGUGGUACCCAACGGUGCAAGUGAAGAUCCAGCCAAGGAAGAUGAGAACAUGGCAGUUGUUGGGACGCCUUCGACGCAUGCAGAAGGCAUUCAAGUGCGUGAAGAUGAGGUGGAUAACCAAGAGUCAGCUACCACAUCUGAGCUUCGGGAGAUCCAAUCCCCUGUGAAACAACUGAAGAAGAGGGUCAGGUUUGUCAUACCCAAGAGCCCGGAGAUCAACAGGGGUGCCCGGGAGGAGUUGCAGGAACUGAUGGAAGCUAGGGAAGCUGGAGUGGCUUAUAUAUUGGGGCAUUCAUAUGUGAGGGCAAAGCAAGGAUCUAGCCUGGCAAGGAAGCUUGUCAUCAAUUAUGGGUAUGAUUUCUUGAGGAGAAACUCCAGGCCACCUACCUAUGCUCUUAGUGUACCUCAUGCUUCUACUCUAGAAGUUGGAAUAGCCUACCAUGUCUAGUUUUUGCUUCUAUUAGCACUAUAUAACAUGUAAUGUAUCUUGUACAUGCUUUUCCUCAAUACAUCAAGGACCACAAAACAACGAAAAAAGGCAUUUUCUCAGUACACGUUAACUCUUACUGUCUUUGCAUUGGGUGAAUGGAUAUAAGCUUGCUUCAAUUGACUACAAUACAAUAGACCAGUUUUGACGAAGUCACGUCCCUGAAAAGUGGCCGCCAUCUCUGAUCUCUGGCCAUCAUCAUCGAGCUCGGGAUACUCUUCCCUUUUGAGGAUACUGUCUCUCCAGCAUCAUCACACUAUGCAAUGAUCCUAAGAGCCAGGGUCGUCAUUGAGAGUGGCUUUGCCCCAUGACAUGUGAGAUGCUGCUGAUGAGCCAUGGCUUCUUCAUUAGGCAUGCUGUCUCAAACUUCCUUUUCUCUUUGGUUGGGAGUUGGCAUUUCUGAUGCUUCUUUAUUGUGGGUUCUGUAUUUUACUUUGGCUCUUUAAUGUUGGUGCAGGCUCUGGCUGCAAAUCAACUUGCUCCACUGCAGUCCUUGCGUGAUGAAGAUGAAAUUGUACACUGAGGCUGCUGACAGUCUGUCUGACACCGCAUAAUUGUUGGAUCAGAAAUUGUUGCUGCUGGUAGCUUCUUUUGAAGGGCAAUUCAACCCCUUCGCGUCAUUGUACUUAAAUCAUGAAUGAUUGACAAUAUGUGAAGAUAAAUUUUAUUUUAAUUUUUUAAAUUAUAUAACUUCACCAAUUGUCAUAUAUAAUUAAAUUAUAAUAUUA